GGACUUUUAGUUUCAGUAUUUUGUGACAUGACUUCAAAGAAUGGUGUUGGUGUGACAGAGAUUGGACAUGACAGUGAAUCAAGAACAUUUGUGACUGGAUAUGAUCCCGCGGGGUCGUACAAGAGAAAGAUUAAAUAUGGAGUUUCCAUGGAACAGAUUGUUGCCAUUAUGAAGCAGUCCAAGAAUUGUGAGCAGUUUAUAAAAUAUGAAUGUUACGACAGCGUUUUUAGGUUUAGUUCUACAGGUGAAUAUUUUGGUUGGUGGGUAUCACGUCAAGGUUCAAAGAUGAAUUACUGGGGUGGAGCGGCAGUCGACAGUGGAAAGUGUGCCUGUGGAAUGACCAACAGCUGUGCAGGUGGACACAAAUGUAAUUGUGACGAGAACGAUUGGGCGUGGCGUGAAGACAGUGGAUACCUGACAGACAAGAAUACGCUGCCUGUUACUGAACUGAGAUUUGGAGAUACUGACAGCGUGUUAGGCAAUGGAGAAAAAGAGCGUGGUUAUCAUACAUUGGGAAAAUUACGUUGCUGGGGUUAAGAGAUGGAACAUCAAACCUGA